AGAGAGAGAGAGCGAGAGAGAAAGAGAGAGAGAGAGAGUGUGUGUGUGUGUGUGUGUGUGUGUAUGUAUGUGAGUGUUUGAUGGUUUGAGCUCGAGCUCUCUUGUCAAUAUCGCACUUUAAAAGCUCAGAUGUAAUGCGAUGGGAGUCUGACCAUGGAUAAAACCCGAAUCCUGCUCGUGUGCUUGGCUGUUUGGGGAUUUGCUGGAGGAUGUGACGGUCUGUUGUGUAACUGCACCACGUCUCAGUGUGAGAAGAAUGGCUACCGCUGUGAGACGACGGGGGCUUGCAUGGCUUCCACCUCCCUUAUUGAUGGCCAGGAGCAGCACGUUCGAAUCUGUAUCGAUAAAGAGAAGCUGGUUCCUCCUGGGCAACCCUUCUUCUGCCUGAGCGCCGAGGGGCUGCUCAACAACCACUGCUGCUAUACAGACUACUGCAACAGUCUGGACCUCAAGGUGCACUCGGUUACUGUGCAGCCUAACUCAUCGACCAUGAUGGGUGGCUGGGGGCCGGUGGAGCUGGCCGCCGUGGUUGCAGGUCCUCUGUUUGCACUGUUUUUGCUGGUGCUGCUGGGCCUCUUCCUUUUCCAACACCACCAGAGAGCCUACGGCCACAGACAGAGGCUGGAGGUGGAGGACCCCAGCACUGAGCAUCUGUACCUGGCUAAGGACAAAACGCUGCAGGACCUCAUCUAUGACCUUUCCACGUCCGGCUCAGGAUCAGGUCUGCCUCUGUUUGUGCAGAGGACAGUAGCCCGGACUAUUGUGUUGCAGGAGAUCAUAGGGAAGGGCCGCUUUGGAGAGGUGUGGAGGGGGAAGUGGAGAGGAGGCGACGUGGCGGUGAAGAUUUUCUCCUCUCGAGAAGAGCGCUCCUGGUUUCGCGAAGCUGAGAUCUAUCAGACCAUCAUGCUGCGGCAUGAGAACAUCCUGGGCUUCAUCGCUGCCGAUAACAAAGAUAAUGGCACAUGGACUCAGUUGUGGCUGGUGUCUGAUUAUCAUGAGCACGGCUCUUUGUUUGACUAUCUGAACCGAUACUCCGUCACCAUUGAGAUCAUGAUCAAACUGGCACUUUCUGCUGCCAGUGGGCUGGCACACCUGCAUAUGGAGAUCCUGGGCACUCAGGGUAAGCCUGGUAUUGCUCACCGUGACCUGAAAUCAAAGAACAUUCUGGUAAAGAAGAAUCUCACGUGUGCCAUCGCUGAUCUGGGCCUCGCAGUACGCCAUGAGUCUGUCACAGAUACAAUAGACAUCGCCCCCAACCAGCGUGUGGGCACCAAGAGGUACAUGGCUCCUGAGGUGUUGGAUGAGAGUAUCAACAUGUGCCACUUUGACUCCUUUAAAUGUGCUGACAUCUAUGCGCUGGGGCUGGUGUACUGGGAGAUCGCUCGCCGCUGUAAUGCCGGAGGUAUCCAUGAGGAGUACCAGCUCCCCUACUAUGACUUGGUGCCCUCUGACCCAUCCAUUGAAGAGAUGAGAAAGGUGGUGUGUGACCAGAGGUUACGACCCAAUGUGCCCAACUGGUGGCAGAGCUAUGAGGCGCUGCGUGUGAUGGGGAAGAUUAUGAGGGAGUGCUGGUAUGCCAACGGUGCCGCUCGACUGACCGCUCUACGCAUCAAAAAGACCCUGUCUCAACUCAGCAUGGACGAGGACGUCAAGAUGUGAAAGAAGCCCAAGCAGCGUGACGGUCAGAAAACACUGUAACAAAGAAACUGUACAAAAUUACCACUUCUCCAAACUAUCCUGCCAGUUUAAGAAAACGUAACGCCGUCCGUCGAGUUGCGACGCGGCCUACCUCACCCACAAAGCCAAAACUACUAACUAAAUUGUAUUGCAUCAUGUUCUUGAACUCAACUGCUCCUCCAUCCCUUUUUAACGUCUGACCGCAGACUGCAAGUCCUGAUCCUACUGAUCUACAGUGAGCUCUGCUGCCCCUAUAAUCUUAAAACUGCUAUUGAUGUUUAUCCUCCCAAAUAUUUCCCAAAUAUUUCACCCCUAACAUGUCACUGAAUCCAGUUCUGGGCUGCUAUCGUGUCAAGAAGUGAAAUUCGAAUGUGGGUUUGUACAGAUCUUAUUGCACUCAGUGUGUCUCACUCUUGUAGGAAUGUGGGUUGUACGUGUUAAACAUUAGCAGAGUAUCUUACUUGAAUGCAGGUGCUAUUUUAAGCUUUAGCUUUCGGUUUAAUCGGGGGUGCGUAUGAUUUUACGAGGGUUAAAUAAAAGACAGAUGAGGUAGGUCACUUCAGGGACAACUAUAUGGAAAAAAAAAAACGAUCUAAAGAAAUGUGUGUUGGGUUAUAUUCUGGCACUACUGAUGUGUGUGUUCAGUGGAGUGGCUUCAUGAAAGCUGGAGAGUGCCUAAAAAAUUUUCCUUUUUUUUUUCAUGAAUUAAUCUGUUGAUACUGCGUUUAUUACUGCAUUCAUUCAUUCAUUCAUGGAAGGUGUGUGUGUGUGUGUGUGUGUGUGGGAGAGAGAGAGAGAACUGGAUAAUCUCUCUCUUUCUAUGACUCAGUCACAUACUCUGAAUGGUACAUUGUGUAUUUAUUUUAGCUUUAACAUUCUCCAUUAUGACUUUUUUGCUUUCGUGUCAUUGGAUUUCUCUUUCACUCCAUAAGUAAAGCUAAAUGUAUAUAGUAUGUAUUUUUGGAAAGGUACAGUAGUGUAUAUCUCCUUCUCUUUUGGUUUUAGGUUGAUUCGAUACUAAGCUAAGUUACGAGUAAUGGGGUGAUUUUUUUUUUAUUAUAUUUUUUAAGCUGCUCUCGCACUGAUGGGAUUGAUUGGUGGGAUGAAGCUCUCUGAACAUAACCCCAAUUCUCACACUGGUGAAUUUUCUUUUUUCACUUAUCACUGUAGCAUCCCGUAGCAACAGUAUGACCAAUUUAACAGUAUCUAUUUGGCAAUAUGCCUCUUUUUUUUUAACCGUCAAAGCACUGGAAAUGUUGAGUAGAGGAAAGGUUUAUGCAAUAUUCAUAGGGAGUGCGCCAGUUAGGUAGAAUUUACCUACAUGAUGAUGCUGAAACUUGAUGUAGUACUUUUAAAAGUGCUCUGGCGUAGUGUGCACGUGGAGACAGGAUGAGCUGUUCAACCUGACCUUAAAGUGUGGCUUCAGCUCUGAGACACUGUAUUUUUUGACUACUACACCACACAGGAACCUUUUAUACAGUAUAAUCAGUACUACUGCCCUGUUCCUGCUCACUCUCCCUUAUCUUCUUGAUAUGCAAGUUGUAAAUAGUUUGUAUGUAUAAUUGUUUUCCGCCGCUAGGAUGGGGAUUUUUUUUUUCUUUCUUUUUCUUUCUUUUUUUUUUUUUCCUCGAAGCUUGCUUUUCUUGUAUUUUUGUGAGUUUGUUUUUCGUUGUGCGUACACUCACAGGUACUACUGAGCUCUGAUAGUUCUCUCUCUGUCUGUAGAAUAUUCAGCCUAAAUGCACAGUAUACAGAUACUGUAUAAAUAGGACGUGUAAGUCAUGUUAAAGGAUGAAGAAUUUUUAGGAGUCGAUGCCAAGUUGGCAUGAAUUUGUUAAUCGAAACCUCUCUAGCAUGUGAAAGCCAAAAAUAAAUAUUUAUGGAUGGUUGGUUGUCUUUUUAACAAAAUCAUUUUUAUGCCGUUCUUAUUAGGACUUUUGUUGUUACUGGAGAAAAGUCGUAUAUGUUUAUUACACUGGAUUAUACACUACUGAACACACUACAGUACUCUCAGAUUUAAACGUAGAAGCCACACUACUGUCUGCGCUCGGCUGAUCCUGACACUGGAUGUGUCAGCUAUGGUGCAGCAUCACCCAGUUGGCAAAUUGUUCAUUUUUAGGUACGGAUAAGAAGAUUGUUCAUGUUUUUUGUUUGUUUGUUUGUUUUUAUCUUGUUAUUGUUUGUUUAUUUGAUUUAGUUCCUAUUGCGCAGUGGUAUUUUUAUUUCCACUUUGGUUUCGCUUCUUUAGCUGAAAGUGUAAUGUACAUAUAUUUAUAGCUUCCUGACGACGUUUCUGCUGCUGCUGUGUUUUGGAGGCAUGAGCAUAGUCAGGGUUAUAAUAUUUAUGAAUUUAGGUUGGCUCCUGUUUAUGCUUCUAAUUCAGAAGAGACCUGUGUAGCUAUGAUGCCUGGAAAUGCCUCGUCGUUAUUCUAAUGCGCAGGCUGGAUAUGAGCCUUCGUUCCUAUGUAUUACUAUAAGGAAAGGUGUAUAUUGUAACAGAUCGACCUUUUGACCCUGCAACCUGUCUGCUGAGUAUAAUCUCAGUGAGCUCCUUAUCCCAAAUCAGUCUUUUCAGGAAUUGUUUCCAAUCAUGUACAUAAGUAAUAUACAGUAAUAAAGACAUUUUCCUACA